AUGGGCCGCCCGCGCUCUCCGCUGCGCCGCUGCUGGCUGCCCGCCCUGCUGCUGCCGGCGCUGCUGGGCCCCCGCCCGGCCGCCGGCCUGGCCCUGCAGCCCGUGCACUGCGCCCCGUGCACCCCGGAGAAGCUCGCCCUCUGCCCGCCCGUCCCGCCCGGCUGCCCGGAGCCGGCCCGUCAGCCCGGCUGCGGCUGCUGCCAGACCUGCGCCCUCGGGUCGGGCCAACCCUGCGGGGUCUACACGGCCCGCUGCCGGCAGGGACUCCGCUGCCACGUCCCCGCGGGAGAGCCGCGGCCCCUCUCCGCCCUCAUCCAGGGCCGAGGGACCUGCCUGCCCGCCAGCCAGGCCGGAGGGACGCGCACGGCGGAGCCGGCAGACUCCAUCGAACCUGAGGAUAUGCCUUUGGAAAGCACUGAAAUGACACAGGAUCAGCUGCUGAACUAUCAGUUGAUGUUUCCCAUAGGCCAGGACAAAUCCAUCCCCUGGAAUGCCAUCACUGCCUAUGAAAACAUGAAAGCGAAGAGAAUAUCUGAACUGAAGAAAUGGAAAGAGCAGGGACCUUGUCAGAAGGAGCUCUACAGAGCCCUGUAUAAAUUGGCGAAGGCGCAGCAGAGAAGCGGAGGGGAGCUUUACAAAUUCUACUUGCCCAACUGCAACAAGAAUGGAUUUUACCACAGCAAACAGUGCGAAACUUCACUGGAUGGAGAGUCUGCUGGGUGCUGGUGCGUCUAUCCAAAAAAUGGGAGAAGAAUUCCUGGCUCCCCAGAAAUGAAAGGAGACCCUGAAUGCCAACAGUAUCUCAGCUCGCAAGAAUAA